UCGGCUUCAACCCUCCGGAGAGAUGGGGGCACUCCGCUUGCUUCUUCGAGGGCGUCGUCUACGUCUUUGGGAUUAGAGUGAACGUGAUGAAGAGGUUGUGAAUUCUUUUGAGGAGAAAAGAGGCAUCUUUUUUGGGGUGUUAAUCUUCUGGAGUUUGGGUUUUGUCCUGUUGCAGCUCGACCCCCCCUGUGAAUGAUGUAUCAAAAUGUUUAGCAGCUUUCAUCUAAAGUGAACACCGUGAGAAGUCAGUCCUUGCUGUAAUAUUCCUCCUGGAUCAAAAGUUGUAGUAAAAGAAAGUAGCUUUACCUUUUGAUAGAUUACUGUCAGUUUGUCAUCACCCGCAAACAGCAUAGGAGUAUAUGUUACUUGUCUCUUUUAUCACCUCAGAUAAUCUCCUACAGAAGAAGAACGAAAACCCUUUUAUUAUUGUAGCACUGAAACCAUUUCUUUGGAAGUUGGAACAAGAGUUCUUCAGAAAUUCAUUGUAGUGACGCCUGAACUCAUUCAAUAGACCGGUGGAGGUUAGUGGGCAAAUGUACUGCAAAGAAACAAACAAACGAAAAAGAAACAAGAGGACCUUUUUGCUGCUGUUCUUUCUCUUUCCCCUGGCUUUUGGACCACUCCCUUUCUUGCCUCUUGAUAUGCUGUGAUUCACCGACCGAAAGAUAGUUCUUUUAAUGCUCAUAAUUAGCACAAGUUUAGUAGUACCAGUACAGUUUAACCUGCAAUUAUGCUAGAAAAAAACAGUUCUUUGAGUGCUUUACUGUGACAUAGAAUGCAACCUAUAUAGUACAGUUUAACCUGCAAUUACGCUGGGAAAAACUUUUUUUUUUGCUGUGAUGAAAUGCAACUGAUUUCUGUCUGGUCCAGUUUGGGAUGCUGCGGCGGGCUGCAUUUCAGCGACGUGCUGACGCUGAACCUGGAGACGAUGGUGUGGAGCUCGCUGGCGACGACGGGGACGCGGCCGGGGACGCGCGACAGCCACGGCGCGGCGCUGGUCGGCCACCGGAUGAUGGUGUUCGGCGGCACCAACGGGUCCAAGAAGGUGAACGACCUCCACGUGCUCGACCUCCGCACCAAGGAGUGGAGCAAGCCGGCGUGCAAGGGGACGCCGCCGUCGCCGCGCGAGAGCCACACGGUGACGCUGGCGUCGUCGUCCGGCGACCGCCUGGUGGUGUUCGGCGGCAGCGGCGAAGGGGAAGGCAACUACCUCAACGACGUGCACGUCCUCGACGUGCCCACCAUGACGUGGUCCUCGCCGGAGGUGAAGGGCGACGCGCCGGCGCCGAGGGACAGCCACGGCGCCGUCGCCGUCGGCGGCAGGCUGUUCGUCUACGGCGGCGACUGCGGCGACCGAUACCACGGCGAGGUGGACGUGCUGGACAUGGACGCCAUGGCGUGGUCAAGGUUUGCAGUAAAAGGGGCCUCACCUGGUGUUCGAGCUGGCCACGCAGCUGUAGGUGUUGGAUCUAAGGUCUAUGUUAUUGGAGGAGUUGGUGAUAAGCAAUACUACAGCGAUGCCUGGAUUCUUGAUGUUGCGAACCGGUCAUGGACACAGCUUGAGAUAUGUGGGCAGCAGCCACAGGGAAGAUUUUCUCAUAGCGCGGUCAUCCUGAAUACCGAUAUUGCAAUUUAUGGAGGAUGCGGUGAAGAUGAACGGCCCCUGAAUGAGCUGCUCAUUCUUCAGUUGGGUUCUGAGCAUCCAAAUGGCCGUUACAACAUCUCGAUGUGCAAAGUUCUAAGUAACCACUGGAGCCAGGAGAGGCGAAAAUUCUUGAGAGCGGAAAAUCAAAGGGAUCCAAACAUGAGCAAUGGAGAACUUGGUCCAAGACCUCGGGAAGCAGAAAGCGAACAAAGAAAUCCAUUCUUGCGUGGUCUAGAGAAUGGACAUGUGAAAAGGAGGAGAACGAGCGAUGCUCGACCAAAAGAGACCGAGUUGGAGCAGGAGGAACACUCACUGUCACUUUCUCAGCACUCCUCACCAUCUCAAUCUGAUCAGGAGCAGAAUGGAUCUCAGAAACUUUCGUCAUCUCCCAACGGAUCAAUCUCAGCACUGCAACCUUUCGUUCGUCUCAACACCAAUGGCACUCUGAGGGCUACCGGAGGCGUGUCGCCAAGGACUCUGAAGACGGACCAGUUCCUCCGCACCAUUGCUCCGCAGCAGCGGCACGAAGUGCAGUUCCUAGCAGCUGAACCCAAGCCACACCACCGUCCGCCUACUCCACCCCUUAUCGGUGCUGAGGUUCACGGGACUAUUGAUGGAGCUUUCGACUCCGGGUAUCUCAUGACCGCUGUCGUCAAUGGACAGCUCUUCAGAGGCGUCCUUUUUGCUCCCGGACCUGGAGUGACGGCUCCCAGACCAACGAUGCACCACCCGAUACUGACGAGCUCGGCCAUUCCACCGCAGCACCAGCGCCCGGUGCUCGCUCACGCCAUCCCAGUUCAUGCCCGGCCGGUGCCACAGGCGACAGGCUUCGUGCUGCCGGAUUGCAGCCACCAUGCCCGGCAAGCAUUCCCGGCAGCGGCAACGGCGAAGAUCAUCAAGUCUGAGCCGGAGAGGGGCAGCAGUGACCUGCACGAUGUUGUGCUCACGCUGGGAGGGCCUGGAGCUGGCAAGUGACCUCCACCUUUUACUUCUUUAACAUCUGUGAUCCUGGCCCUGAUGUUAAUCUGUUAAUCGUCUCUGUAAAAUAGACAUUCUGGUUGACAAAAAUAAGACCAGUAACCUUGUGUAAUUGUUAUUGAUCAUGCCCAGUUUUCUUC